ACUUGCAAUUCAUCCUUCCUUUCUUUUGGAGGUAGUGCACACAACACAAGCAUGAACUCAGAGUCAGGUUACCAACCACUUCUAGUUGGUCUUCAUUCACACUCCCAGAUACCAGUUUUGUCAUCAGACACCAUUGAAGAGUUCUUGAAACAAAGGUCCAUUGAGUUGAGAUGGUGGCCACAACUUGUUGCUUGGGAGUCAAGGCUCAUAUGGCUAUUGUCAUGGGCCUCCAUUCUUGUCUCCAUUUUCAACUACAUGCUAAGCUUUGUCACCUUGAUGUUCACUGGCCAAUUGGGGUCUCUUGAGCUAGCUGGGGCAUCCAUGGCCAUUGUUGGAAUUCAGGGUCUUGCUUAUGGGAUUAUGUUGGGGAUGGCAAGUGCAGUGCAAACAGUGUGUGGAGAAGCAUACGGGGCAAGAAAUUACUCAGCAAUGGGCAUCAUAUUGCAAAGAGCAAUCAUCUUACACUUGGGGGCUGCAGUGAUUCUCACAUUUCUGUAUUGGUUUUCAGGGUCAUUUCUGAAAGCCAUAGGUCAGUCAGAGAGCAUAGCAGAGAAAGGUCAAGUUUUUUCACGCGGAAUCAUUCUUCAACUCUAUGCAUUUGCAGUAUCCUGCCCUAUGCAGAGGUUCCUCCAAGCACAGAACAUUGUGAACCCUCUUGCAUUCAUCUCACUUGGGGUCUUCCUUCUGCAUGUCCUUCUCACUUGGUUGGUUCUCUUUGUAUUCGACUAUGGACUUGUUGGAGCUGCUCUUACUCUCAGCUUCUCAUGGUGGUUUCUUGUCUUGUUGAAUGGUUUAUACAUUAUUCUUAGCCCAAGAUGUAACCAAACUUGGGGUGGCCUCACUGUCAAAGCUUUCAAAGGAAUUUGGCCUUAUUUCAAACUGACAGCUGCUUAUGCUUGGAUGCUGUGUUUGGAGACAUGGUAUAAUCAAGGACUGAUACUUUUAUCUGGGUUGAUCUCCCAUCCCACAGUCUCAGUGGACACUAUUUCUAUUUGUAUGAAUUACUUAAACUGGGACCUGCAAUUUAUGUUGGGUCUAAGUGCUGCAACCAGUGUCAGAAUCAGCAAUGAAUUAGAGGCAGCUCAUCCAAGAGUAGCAAGAUUUUCUGUCAUUGUAGUGAAUGGAAUCAGCAUUGUUAUCAGUGUAGUUUUCUCUGCAAUUAUUUUGACAUGCCAGGAGCCUUUGAGCAAGCUUUUCACUUCUGACUCUGAAGUCAUUGAGGAAGUUUCUAGCUUGACUCCACUGCUUGCUAUCUCAGUUUUCUUAAAUUUCAUUCAACCCAUACUGUCAGGAGUUGCAAUUGGAUGUGGAUGGCAGGCUGUUGUGGCAUAUGUAAAUUUGGCUUCUUUCUAUGUCAUUGGGCUCACUGUUGGGUGUGUUCUUGGCUUUCAAACUACUCUGGGAGUAGCUGGUAUCUGGUGGGGGAUGAUCUUCGGAGUUUUAGUACAAACAGCAACUCUAACAAUUCUGACUGCUAGAACAAAUUGGGAUGUAGAGGUAACGAAAAUUAAAAUACUUACUGUUACAGAAACUGUUUGUUACAUGCAGAGUAAAGCAAUUUACUCCACAAUUGUAGGUUGAAAAAACUCUUGCUCGCAUCAAAAGAUCAGCAGAAGAUGAGACCCUAGAUCUCUUGAUUACGAACAUUUGACAUUUUCUUUUUUUCAUUUCCUUAAAGCUUAAAAUUAAGUUGUUUAGCGGCACAACAAUCUUGUUUUGGGCCAUGGGAAUAUCAUUUGAUUCGUAGCUAUAUUUAGUAUCGGCUCACAUAAUUUUGGUGGUCAAAGAACUGAAACAACUUUCACUCACCGUUAAUUAUUGACGAAAAUUCCAAAAAUGUCACGUGUGCACAAAAAGAGAGGGCAAUUUAAAAAUUGAAAAUUCACGACAUUGAAACUUGGAAGUAUUAAUAAUUCGUUUAAGCCCAAGUGAAAAGUUUUAUAACUC